AUGGCCGAAAGAAAAGCACCGAAUAUUGUCUUCAUCAUGGCUGAUGACCAUGCAGCCAAGUCAAUUUCUGCUUACGGUCACGGCAUGAACUCGACGCCUCACAUCGACAGGAUUGCCAAGGAGGGAAUGCUGUUCAACCACUGUUAUGUGACAAACUCGCUUUGCACCCCGUCCCGUGCGGCCAUUCUCACUGGGCAGCACAACCAUGUCAACAAUGUCAUGACGCUGAACUCUGUCAUCAACAACCGCGGCCCCAAUGUCGCCAAGCAACUGCGUGCCCAUGCUAAUUACCAGACUGCCAUGUUUGGAAAAUGGCACCUGGGUGAAGGUCCAACGCAUCAGCCCACCGGCUUUGACGACUGGAGUGUUAUUCCAAACCAAGGGGAAUACUGGGAUCCCCAUUUCAUCAACCCGGACGAGAAGGAGAUGAAGCGCGUCCCUGGCUACGUCACCGACAUCAUCACAGAUAAAUGUAUACAGUUCAUGGAGAACAGAGACAAGGACCGUCCCUUCUUUCUCAUGUGUCACCACAAGGCACCUCACAGAGGAUGGGAGUUCCAUCCCCGUCACAAACAUCUCUACAACGACAAAAUCACCAUACCAGACACAUUCACGGACGAUUACAAGAACAGGGCCAAGGCUGCUGCAGUCGUAAAGAUGCGGGUAGCUGAUGACCUGACGUAUUUUGAUCUUGGCCUUGCGCAGCCGCAGGGUGGCCGGGAUGUCGGCGCCAAGCUCUUCGAUCAAGUCUGGAGCUUCCCUCAGCGCAAAGUACCGCACCCCGAGGACGUCACCAAGAUGGUUCUGCGUGACUCUGACGAUGGAACCGAGUUUCGGUUUCAGACCCCCGAGGAGCUUGCUGAGUUCAAGUUUCAGCGUUACAUGCAACGAUAUCUACGUACGAUUCAAUGCAUCGAUGAUAACGUUGGCCGCAUGCUUGACUGGCUUGAGCAGGAGGGCAUCGCAGAAGACACGAUAGUCGUGUAUACCUCCGAUCAGGGUUUCUUUCUAGGGGAGCAUGGCUGGUGUGAUAAGCGUUUCAUGUAUGAGGAAAGCUUCCAGAUGCCAUUCCUGAUACGGUAUCCCCGCGGGAUCAAAGCCGGGAGUGUGAACAACGAUAUGAUCCAGAACGUCGACUUUGCUCCGACAUUCUGCGACCUGGCGGGCAUAUCUGUGCCUUCCUUCAUGCAGGGUGUAUCAUUCCGGCCGCUACUUGAGGGCACCACUCCAGAGACUUGGGAGCAACUGGUUUUCCAUAGGUACUGGAUGCACAACGACGCAUGCCACAACGCGUACGCGCACUAUGGAGUCAGAGACCAUCGGUAUAAGUUGAUAUACUGGUACAACGACGAUCUCGGUAUCGAAGGCGCAAUCCCCGGGGGUACUGAGCCUGAAUGGGAGCUCUUCGACUGCCAGGAAGAUCCACUCGAGUUGCUCAACGUCUACAAUGAGCCCUCUUACAAAGAUGUUGUCAUCAAAAUGACCCGCUUGUUGGAAAAGAAGAUGAUGGACAUCGGCGACAUACCACUGCAUCCAAGAUUCUAA